GCGCGAAGACAUCAUUUCUACUGCGUUUGGUCGUCUCGUGCAGUUUGCUAAAAUGGCGUCAGCUCCCGAUUACAGCUCCUACACCCAGACUACUGCUCAGCAGGGGUAUGCCUCCUAUGCUGCCCAGCCAUCGCAAAGUUAUGGACAGGCUGCUCAGCAGACCUAUGGCCAGCAGAGUUAUGGAUCAUAUGCUCAACCUGCUGCCCCUGCAGCUGACACAACUUACACCCAGGCUACCCCUGCAGCUGGAGGAUACCCUCAGCAGCAGCAACAGCAGUAUGGAUCUUCAUAUGGCCAGCAGGCAACAGCAGCUGGAUAUCCUGCUACCCAGUCUACCACUCAUAGCUACGCACAGUCAGCCCAGGGUUAUGGAGCCAGUGGUUAUGAUAGUACACCUGCAGCAACUGCUGCUGCUCCAGCUCCCUCCCAGUCUUAUGGCUCUCAGCCAGGGUACACUGCUCAGACUGCCUAUCCUGGAUAUGGUCAACAGGCUGCUCCUUCUGCACCUCAGAGUUAUAACGCUAACAGCCAGCCUGCUAGUUACAACCAAAACAGUUACUCCCAGCCUGCAACAUAUGGACAACAACAACCUGGUUACCAGGGUCAGCAGGCAGGCUACAGCCAACAGCAAGCCUACCAACAGCAGACACCACAGCAGCAGCAAGCUCCUCCUGCCUACCCUCCUCAGGGUGCUGGUUCUUAUGGACAGGCUGCAGCCAGUCAAUACAGUCAGCAAGGAGGACCACCCAGUUACGGCCAGGCUGGCCAUUACAAUUACAGGCAGGAUAGCCAGGGUGGAGGUUCUGGUUACCCAGGCUCUGAGCCUGGAAGGUACCAGAGUGGGGAAAGCAGGGGCCCUGGCAGGGACAGCUUUGAUCGAGGUGGAAUGAUGCAUCGUGGGCGUGGUGGCAUGGGGCGUGGAAUGGGCAGCGCCGGAGACAGAGGUGGCUUCAGUAAGCCUGGUGGACCUAUGGGUGAUGAACGUGAAAUGGGACGUCCAGAAGAGCAGGAUGACUCUGAGAACAGCACAAUUUACAUCACAGGAUUGACCGAGAAGGCUAACGUAGAAGAAAUGGCUGAAUUCUUUAAGCACGUUGGAACAUUAAGGAUGAACCGCAGACUGGGUCAUGCUGCCAUCAACAUUUACACAGACAAGGACACAGGAAAGCCCAAGGGGGAUGCCACUUUGUCGUAUGAGGAGCCCGUUAGUGCUAAAGCAGCCGUGGAACAUUUUGAUGGGAAAGAGUUUCAAGGCCGAAAACUUAAGGUGUCCAUGGCUCGCCGAAAACCCAUGAUGGGGGGAAUGAGAGGUGGCAUGCCCAUGCGUGAUGGCAUGAUGGGCCGUGGAGGUAUGAUGGGUCGUGGAGGAGAGCGUGGUGGUUUUGGCCCACGAGGAGGUCCACGUGGAAUGAACAGAGGUGGACCCACAGGAGCCAACAUGCAGCAAAGAGCUGGAGACUGGGAGUGUCCCAAUCCGGGUUGUGGCAACCAAAACUUUGCCUGGAGGAUGGAAUGUAACCAGUGCAAAGCUCCCAAACCUGAGGGCUUGGGUGGUGGCCCUCCUUUUCCUCCUGGAGGUGACCGUGGCCGCGGUGGAAUGGGAAUGCAUAGAGGCAGAGGCAUGGACCGUGGAGGGCCAGCAGGAGUUGGAGGCCCAGGUGGACCCGGAGGUUUUCGUGGAGGUUGGGGAGGUGACCGUGGUGGAUUCAGAGGACGUGGUGGAAUGGACAGAGGAGGGUUCCGCGGUGCUGGGCGUGGGGGGCCACCCAUGGGUGGCAGAGGUGGAAGAGGAAUGGGACCACCAGGUGGCAAGAUGGAUAUGAGGGAUCAUCGCCAGGAGCGUAGAGACCGGCCAUACUGAAGGAAAACUUCUUGAUUGCUUCUCUUGAGGAAGUUUUUAAAGAAGUUUUAAUUUAUGAUUCCAUAUUUUUGAUGGUUAUAGGCUUUCAUGCAAACUGCAGUUUGUCAACUCUGUUUUUCUUUAAUUUUUUUAGUUUAUCCAUGUUUAUAUUGCAUCCUGUACUGUGCAUGUCUUUUGUUUUUAAAUAUGCAGAUUAGAUUUGACGUUGUAUCGUGAAAUGUAAUUUUUUUUCCAUUGGUUCCUAUAUUUACCGGUACCCCUCUUUCCCAUGAGUUAGAUGAUGGUA